AUGAGGAUAGCUGAGGGCGGUUUCAGCUUUGUUUAUCUUGGUACGGACCUCCAGAAUGGCAGCCGGGAGGUCGCGCUGAAACUUUAUCAUUUCAAGGACAAGAACGAGCUCAAGUUCCCCAUCCAUGAGGCCCGUGUCCUCGCCGAUAUCAACGGGAUUGUCCUCGACGAUAUCAACGGGAAUGUCCUCGACGAUAUCAACGGGAACAAGGGUAUUCCCACGAUAUACUGGUCCGGCGACGAAUGUGAAUACCACGUCAUUGCGCAGGAACUGCUGGGUCCGACACUUUAUGCUCUACUCGACCAGUUCAGAGUCUUCUCUUUCAAGACGACACUCCUCAUUGCCGACCAAGCGAUCGAGCGACUGGAGUUUAUCCACAGCAAAGGGUAUCUGCAUGGCGACAUCAAGCCAGCCAACAUGGCCAUGGGACAGGGCGAACACGGCAACUUGCUUUAUUUUCUUGACUUUGGAUCAGCCAGAAAAUUUGGCCAUGAUGAGGAAUGGAAGUCCAGGCAUGGGAAAGGAUUUUUCUCUACCGAUUUGUACGCCAGUCCGAACAUCAUCGAUGGAAAAGGUUGCUUGCCACGGAGAUGCAAACUACAACGCCCAUCUGUCCGAAAGAUGUGCAAGGGCCUGCCAAAAGAAUUCUUCGAGUAUUUCCGACACAUCCGUUCGCUAGAGCAUGGGCAAAAGCCAGAUUAUGAUCAUCUUCGCGAGCUCUUUUGCUGCGCUUCCCGCAAUCGUGGUUAUCAGUACGACAAUAUCUACGAUUGGACCUCAAAGUGGUUCAACGAGGUGCAUGGCAUCAAAUCCACGCCCAAGAAGCAGUCCGAGCUGGUAGAGAAGCAAAUCACGAUAUCUUUGACGCCACAUGAAUUGGCCUCUGCAGGAGGUUCCAUCGAAAUGCAACUGUGA